CACAUCUUUGCAUUCACUACACUUAGGAAGGCAGGCAUGCAACAUGACCCACAGCUGCAGUCCAAGGAUUGGAUUAGGGAUAAGAUUCAAACUUUGAGACAGAAAUCUAAUGUCAGCUUCAAUCAGGAUUUAUUCAUUUCUAUAUUAUUGUGCCUGAUAUCCGGACCCGGUCGACAUCUAAUUCUCACCGCAUCGGAAGAUCAGCUUCCCAAUGUUGUUAGCAUGGCGAACAAGGUGUUCACCAGUGUAUUCGGAUUCACUUGUGCCAAUAUCAACUGCUCUCCCAACCAAACGUCUGGAGAUUUUGUCCAACAAUUGUUUGUGCCUGUACAUGAAGAGAACAAUCUGGAUCCAAUGUCACUACAACCGAACGGAAUGACAAGGAUGUCUAGCAAUCGCUCAUAUUCGUCUUAUCAAAGCAACGACUCAAAUUGGGCCGGCAGCGGAGCGUCCACCCAAUCUAUGCGUCAUCAUGCUAGCAAUGGGUCGUCUGGGCGACCCCAUGGCAAAGAGGAGAGAAUGUUUAAGUCUUUAACUCAGCGAAGAACGUCUGCCGCUGGGCAAAGUACAACAUCCUCUGUGGAUGGUCGAAACCGACUCGGUGUACCCUCUGGAUACGGAGGAGCAACUGGUCCCAUCAGUCCAAUUGACUUCACGAUCAAUCGCAAGUCAAACGAUCUUUCAGUACACCAUUAUAGAGGGCAGGAAGACAAAGAAUAUGGACGUUUCAGAAAAUCCGAUUUUGGUGACUCCUCCAAAGGCUUCAUUCCAACAAGAAUUGCUCAGGCUGUUAUCGUCAAAAAUUUACACCAAGCAAGUGAUUUAGUGCAAGCUACGUUGCUAGAGAUUAUCAUCGUUCAACAGUUGAAAAUCCAUUCAGCGACUUAUAAUGUGCCCAGUCCUUUCAUUGUCAUUGCCGUUCUGCCGCAAGACGCUCCUCCAAGAUCUAUGCUCAGUCGACUUAUCGACCGUUUCUUCGUCAGCUACCGGUUUGACGACGAAUCUUUAUCAGAUACCCCAAAUGCUGCUGAUGCCAGACAUGGCCACAAUCAGAUCAUGAAGCGACAGAUUUUAUUUAGGCACCAAGAGUUAAAGGAGCUCGCAGCAAGCAUCAACAGAGUGAAUGUCAAUGCCGAUAUUGUAAUAUACAUUCGAGACAUCAUUGUAGGUAUUCGAACUCAUCGACUGGUGCAUUGUGGACUGACAGCCAGAGCUUCGCAAGAUCUGGUAUUGGUGGUCAAAGCGUUAUCUGCCCUGUUCAAACGUGAGUAUGUCACACCGGACCUCGUCUCCAUUGCUGCUGAAAAGGUAUUUGGCCAUCGCUUGGUCUUGAAGGACGAAGCCUCCAGCCAUAAAAUUUUGCUCGAUAAUGGAGACUCUGACGAUCAAUCCGAGAUAAACAGCAUGCUGGACGAAACAGCGGAUAUUCUACCUGCCGACAUUGUCAUGGAGAUCCUCCGAGCCGUACAUGUCCCCUUAUAAACCCUCCUCCGCUCCAAGCACAAACAAUAUACCAGCCUUUUUUUUAAUAUUAAUAUUACCUGUGCACUGUAUUUCCCUAUUACAUAACUGCAACUACCACUCUUUGUUUCAUUUUAUUUUUAUC